AUGACAGAACUGAAGAAUAGGUUUGAGCAGGCAGAAGCUAAGACACAAGCCUCGGUAGCAUCCCUGACAGCUCAUACCGAUACCAGACUUAAAGAAACGCUGAACGAUGCACGUUAUUAUACCAAGCAGCAAGUCUCCAAUAUCGAAGUACGGCUACAGCAAAAGCUAGACGCCGCUACCAGCACUAUGCGAUCAGAAGCAACUAAGCAGGUUGCAGAUAUUGCUCACCAACUGCAAUUGCAACUUCAAACUACUCAGAAACGGAUUGAGACGAACGCCCGCGGAAUUGAAGCUAGAAUUCAGUCCAAACUUGAUCAGCAACAGUCGGACGGGCAACUGCAAACCGAUUCAAAGCUGCGCCAGGUCGAACAUCGGUGGCAUGACAAUAUUGAGACUAUCGUGGGAUCGCAUGCGGAGAUUUAUUGCACAAUGAUGGAAGAGCGGCUGCAGAAAAAGCUGGUCGAAGCCCAUGCUCAAGAACUUGAUAAGACUGAAGGAGCACUUGCAGGGAUGACUGAGAAGAUCGAAAUAGUAGCGGCAGCAACAACUGAGCUCCUGACCAGGCACGAUAUUUUCGAAAACAAGAUUCAACAUUCUCUGACACAAGCAAAGUCAGAAGUCCACGAAUACCUUGCUUCCGUAAUCCCCAACUUAGGUAAACCGACCUCGGCGCUCAAUCAGGGGGAUACUAUGGCUUUCCUGCAACCCGGUAAUGUCGCUACAGGUAGUGAAAAUCAAGCACACAUCCAACUGAACGACAAAAUGUAUUCGACAACACCGGGACUAUCAGAGAAGCGAGUGCCCCAACCGAAAAAAAAUCAAGUCUCAUACGAUGAUCCCCAGUGUGAGCAACAACCUUACACACCCGUGGAAUCAAUUCCGUUGCGUCAAUCCGGUUAUCAACCAAAUCUCUUUAAAGAUCAGGAACAACAAACGUCAGAAGACGCAACAGCAAGCCGCCUGAAUUUGGUCGAAGCCCGGGUAUCGGCGCAACGAGACGUAGAACUGAGAGCUAGAGCAAGAGUAGCUUCUUUGCGUCGAAAAGCCAAGUUAAGAUUGCACUGCGCUUAA